AUGGCGGUCCAGUCCUCCUUGCAAGCUGUGCCUGGCGCUGAAAAGCCAGUCCUGGGCGUCGGUGACCAGCGUCUCGAUUUUUUCGAUGGCGCCGGCGUUGGCGUCGAGGUAUAUCUGCGUAGCGAGCUCGUAGGGGUGUGCGUCGUCGGUGACGAUGAGCUCAACGUAGCCCUUGCAGGCCUCGACGUCGUGCUGGGCGCGGGCGUGGUCGAUGCGUAG